AUGAGAUACAGAAAGGCGGUCAAUCUCGGAACAAACGCGCUGGCGUUCUUCGCAAGCCAUGGGUUUAGGCCCAGCAGCGCUCCCCGCCUGCGAGGUCGACCUCGAAGCAGCGCAAGGAAGCGCCCAAUAUUGUGCCGCCCGCGGGCGAGGCUCCGGCCCCUCGCCGCUUGUUGCGAGUCCCCGGCGCUCGUGAACGCAUACGACCCGGCCGAAUACUACCGCGACCGGGCGCUCUGGUCAAAGUGUGCGAAGUCAGAUCUCCUCCAGUUCUUUGCCGACUUUGAGGAAUUCCAGGCUGAGGGCCACAACUUCACCCCGCAGGAGGUCCAUCAGGCCGUCCUCGAAGCCCUCUGA